UUCAAUCUCACCCUCCUCCACCAUCUGAGCAAUCUCGUCAAUCUCGCUGCAUUGAGAGGAGUGAGCACCGCGCAGCCCAAAACCACGCUCCAACACCGCACCUAGGCAGCCCUUCUCCUUUCCCGUCUGCUAAAUUUAUCCGCGCGCGACCGCCCAUCCUCCUGAUAACGUGACACUGCCGCCGGCUCAAGAUGACGAGUACAACUCCCACUCGCUCACCACAUCCCUCGGCCCUCAAGAGUGCCUCUCCAGACGACACGGCAUUGCCCCAGUAUCCCCAGCCGCAGUCCAACGGCGACGCCCAGCAGGCUGCACCACGACGGUCGAGCUUCAAUUUCUUGCGUCGGAAGAGUUCAGGAGAAAACCGCACAGGCGGCCAUCGCAGUGCAUCCGGCGGCAAGAUGAGCAAGAAGCAGAAGGCUCUUGCCCAGGAAGAGGCCCUCCGUAAACAGAGGGAGGCUGCCAUGCUGCCCAAGCAGCCACCUCGACUUCCCUCGCAUUCACCUCUUCCCCAGAUCGACAACUUUGGCGGCGAAGACAAUCGUCCCGACUCCGUCGCUAUCGUCUCCAACAAGUUCGUGGGAGCCGGACACAACUUCAGCAGACCAUCAGCCGAGUACAGCAUGGGACACAAUGCGCGCGUCCCAGUGCCGCCCAUCCCUGGUAGCUCCCCUCCCUACACUGACUUCGACCCGUACCCGCGCACCGAGAGCAUGACCCACCGUGGUCGCUAUAGCUAUGCCAGUAGCGCUAUCAGCUCUGUCAAUAGCCCUCGCCGAGUGAGGAGAAGGAAGGACCCGACGCCCUUUAACAUCCUUGUCAUUGGCACUAAGAACUCGGGCAAGUCAUCGUUCAUCGACUUCCUCCGCACUGCUCUUGCCUUACCGGCCAAGAAGCGCCCGCACACCCCUUCCCCACCCACUACUGCACAGGAUCCCGACUCUCCGUUCACGUCACAAUACCUAGAGACAGAGGUUGACAAUGAGAGGGUUGGUGUUACGCUGUGGGACUCCCAAGGCCUCGAGAAACACAUCGUCGAUUUCCAGUUGCCGGUUAUUACAGCCUUCCUAGAGUCGAAGUUCGAGGAUACCUUUACGGAAGAGCAGAAGGUGGUGCGCGCCCCUGGUGUCCGCGAUACCCAUAUUCACGCUGUCUUUCUGAUACUGGACCCCGCUCGUCUCGACUCUAAUAUCGCAGAGUCGCGCAAGAAGCCCGGCCAGAAGACUCUCGGUAACCAAAUCUUCGGUGGGUUGGAUGAAGACCUUGAUUUGACUGUGCUUCGCGAGCUUCAAGGCAAGACUACUGUCAUCCCCGUUAUUAGCAAGGCGGACACAAUUACUUCAGCACACAUGCGCCACCUUAAGAAAAUGGUCUGGGACACUCUGAAGCGUGCGAAGCUGGACCCAUUGGAGGCGCUUAACCUUUCCGACUCUGACGAAGAAGACGAGGAUCGCUUUGACGAGCGAGAUGAAGAUGCGUAUCUUCACUCGUCAUCUGACAACGAGGGCAAGUCCGACGUCCUCAAUAAACUGCUUGACCGCUCGUCGUCCGAGGCUGGCCGCUCUGACACAUCAUCUACCUCGUCAGCUCCCCACUCCCCCCCAACUUCUCCACCCAGCGCAUCGAAACGAAACCACGCCCGGAAGCCUUCCGCAAUGUCUGCUUCAAUUCAGAAGGAAGACUCAGAACUCCCCUAUUUCCCUCUCAGCAUCAUCUCACCAGACCCGUACGAACCAGAGGUAAUUGGCCGCACCUUCCCAUGGGGAUUUGCAGACCCGUAUAAUGCCGAGCAUUGCGAUUUCGUGAGACUUAGGGAGAGCGUGUUUAGUGAGUGGCGCUCUGAGCUUCGCGAGGCAAGCCGCGAGCAGUGGUACGAGGGCUGGAGGACAAACCGACUCGAGAUAGGUAACGCAAAGCGAAGGCUUGCAACUUCCGACGGGCUGAAGAGUAAGGGACUUACUAUCCCCAGCACCAAUGGUCGCGCAGCCAGCGCUGGAAAUGGGGGCCCCCAGUAUCGUCAAGUCCGGAGCACUGGAUACUAGUGUGGUCGACAAAGAUGUCAUUUUCGGG